CACAAGUGAGUCUACUCCCUCUGUUUUGGCCGUUAUAGGAGAACGAGAAUGGGUUUUCGUCUCAUCCAAUAUAUUACGCGACUGCCACAAUUGAGAUUGGCUUGCCCAUUUCAAUAUAAAUAGAGGCGACUGGUGAGGUUGUAAUGGGGCUCUCAAUUCUUGAUUCAGCAAUGAAUCCUCAAGCCAUUGGAACUUGCAGAGACUACUCAGUCUCUCUUGCUUACUCCUACACCUUCCCCAAUUCACUCCCUACUUCAAAUUUCAAAUCCCAUUUCAUUCCUCAAAAUCUAACGUUUCGAAAAUCAAAAACCACUUUCUCUGCGACAAGGCCGACUCGAAGUCUUGUAAUUUGCUCUGCCGAGAGAACUUCUCCGGCCAAGGCUUUGCGCCUGAUUCUUGGAUCGCCUGGUAUCCACCAGGGCCCUGCUUGUUUUGAUGCUCUUAGUGCAAAGCUCGUGGAGAGAGCGGGAUUCGAUUACUGCUUCACUAGUGGAUUUUCAAUAUCGGCUGCUAGAUUGGCAUUGCCUGAUACUGGCUUUAUUUCCUAUGGGGAAAUGGUGGAUCAGGGGCAAUUAAUCACUCAAGCUGUGUCAAUUCCUAUCAUUGGGGAUGGUGAUAAUGGCUAUGGAAAUGCCAUGAAUGUCAAAAGAACUGUUAAGGGAUACAUAAAAGCUGGCUUUGCGGGAAUCAUUCUUGAAGAUCAGGUGUUCCCAAAAGCUUGUGGUCACACACGUGGUAGGAAAGUGGUGUCUAGAGAAGAAGCAGUGAUGCAUAUAAAAGCAGCUGUUGAUGCUCGGGAAGAGGUUGGCUCUGACAUUGUUAUUGUUGCACGAACUGAUUCUCGACAAGCAAUAUCCUUGGAUGAAUCACUUUGGAGGUCAAGAGCUUUUGCUGAUGCUGGAGCUGAUGUUCUUUUUAUCGAUGCACUAGCUUCAAGAGAAGAGAUGAAGUCUUUCUGUGAAAUCUCUCCUCUAGUUCCAAAAAUGGCCAAUAUGCUUGAAGGAGGGGGGAAAACUCCAAUACUCAAUCCUUUGGAACUUGAGGAAGUUGGAUAUAAACUUGUGGCUUACCCUCUUUCCUUGAUCGGGGUAUCUAUACAAGCGAUGCAGGAUGCAUUAACUGCCAUUAAAGGAGGUCGGAUUCCUCCUCCUGGAAGCAUGCCGACUUUUGAAGGAAUAAAGGAAAUAUUAGGUUUCAACUCUUAUUAUGAAGAAGAGAAGCGGUAUGCUAUCAGCACAAGUCAAAUGCUUAGGCCAGGAGGUUAUACAUCAGCAAGCAGUAAUGUAUAUGGUAUACAACGGAGGUCUCCAGAUGAUACACAGCAGAGAAGUCAAAGUCCUCAAGAUCCUGUUGUUGAAGUGAUAACUCCUGAUGUAUACAAUAACUAUGGUGCAGAUGGUUUAAGAGAUCCAUUUUCUGGGAUCUGGUCUCGGACAUUGAGAAUCAAAAUAACUGGAAGAGAUGGAUUUGAAAAACUUGAUGUUAGGAUUCCUGCUGGGUUCUUAGAAGGUAUCACAAAUAUUGUUCCAGCUUUGGGGGGUGUGAACAUCAAAGAGCUCUUGGAUGAUGCAGCUGGAGAAGUAGGAGGCAAGUUGUUGUUGGAUUUUAAUGAUACCAUGGGUGACAGAAUUCAAGUACUUCUAGAAUAAUUUUUUCCCAAGCCAAUGGAAAGCUUUGAGGGGUGUCAAUAUCAAAGAGCUCUUGGAUGAUGCAACCGGGAACUAGAAGACAAGUUGUUGGAUUUUAAAUUUUAAUUAUAACGUGGGUGACAGAAUUCAAGUAUUUCUAGAAUAAAAUUUUUUCCCCAAGUCAAUGGAAAAGGUACCUCUAACUUUAGGUAAAACAACUUUUCAAUUCAGCAGUUCUUUCUAUUUCUUCUUA